AUGAACCCAUCAUUAUUGGUUUCGACGUGGGUCCUCCUGCCAAUUGUUCCUGUUCCCACAGGUGGGGGGCAUGUGGGGCACCGAGUUUUAUCAGAGCCUCUACAAACGAAGAUGUCAGCCCCCAUCCAUCCGCUUCCCCCUCGGUCUCCCCUGGCCCCCCCUCUUCCCCCUGGCGCACGACCAACUACACUGAUGGGAACUGCGGGGGAGGAAGGGGGGCGAUUGGGGGGAGGGGAUGGGGGAAGGGGGUGGAGGAAGAGCGGCAGAUUUUGUCAGUAUCUGGGAGAGGCGGCUGCUGUACUGUGUGCAGGUGCCGGGGGAGCAGCCAUGGGCGCGGGCUCUCAGGGACGGGGGGAGGGAGGGGAGGGGGAACUGGGGGAGAGGGGAGGGGGGAAGCGGAGCGGAGGAGGGCAGUGGGGCGGAGCAGAGGGGCAGAGAGGAGGGGGACGCUGA